CCCGACGGCCCAGCUGGAAACAGUCGGUCGAGAUAGCGAGGCUGUCCCAGAUUCCAUACUAGUCAGUCGGAGGGACGAGUGAAGGCCCGGAGCCGAAGUGUGGGAGAAACCCAGCUCCUCCCAACACAAAGCAAGCUCUCAGCGAAGAUGGCGGGGCCCGAGCUUCUGCUCGACUCCAACAUCCGCCUCUGGGUGGUCCUGCCCAUCGUUAUCAUCACUUUCUUCGUGGGCAUGAUCCGCCACUACGUAUCAAUCCUGCUGCAGAGCGACAAGAAGCUCACCCAAGAACAAGUGUCUGACAGUCAAGUCCUAAUUCGAAGCAGAGUCCUCAGGGAAAAUGGAAAAUACAUCCCCAAACAGUCUUUCUUGACACGAAAAUAUUACUUCAACAACCCAGAGGAUGGAUUUUUCAAAAAAACUAAAAGGAAGGUUGUGCCGCCUUCUCCUAUGACAGAUCCCACCAUGCUCACAGACAUGAUGAAGGGGAAUGUCACGAACGUCCUCCCCAUGAUUCUUAUCGGCGGCUGGAUCAACAUGACCUUCUCAGGCUUUGUCACAACUAAGGUCCCGUUUCCAUUGACACUUCGCUUCAAGCCCAUGCUCCAGCAAGGAAUAGAGCUGCUCACACUAGAUGCGUCCUGGGUAAGUUCUGCAUCCUGGUACUUCCUCAAUGUCUUUGGGCUCCGGAGCAUUUACUCUUUGAUCCUGGGCCAGGAUAAUGCUGCUGACCAGUCACGAAUGAUGCAGGAGCAGAUGACAGGAGCAGCCAUGGCCAUGCCUGCAGACACCAACAAAGCUUUCAAGACAGAGUGGGAAGCUUUGGAGCUGACAGAUCACCAGUGGGCACUCGAUGAUGUGGAAGAAGAGCUCAUGGCCAGAGACCUCCACUUUGAAGGAAUGUUCAAGAAGGAACUGCAGACAUCCAUCUUCUAACCGCGAGCGGGGUCCGCUGUGUUGGGAACUUGCAGUAGCACUUAACCUUGUAACUUCCGUGGAGCUGGAGCCUCUGAGAAUAAAAAAGGAGGGUGCAGGGGCUGGCGGGUGCAUAGCGAGGCUCGUUCUUGUCUGAGCUGGGUUCCCCUUUAUGUUGGAAACUAGAGGAAAGGAGUUCUGGGUGAGUGCUGUCUUAAAGUUUGUAACAUUCUUCAGGUGACUCUAGUAGGGGUGUCAGAGAAAGGGGACUAUCCCAAGCUGCUGAGAAUAUCUCAAAACUUAGCAAAAACUCCAUGUUUGUAAGGAGACUUGUCAGCUAUAGCCAGUGACUAUGUUCAGUCAGCCUGACUUCCAGCCACAGUAAACUUCUGUUUUCUUAGGAUCCAAA